AUGGCCGACAUAGUAGACGCAAACGAAUAUCUCAUUGAAUUCCUCGCGUCAGUUGACAAUUUACCCUCAGAGAUCAGACACCAUUCAUACGAACUAAAGAAUAAAGAAGACGAAAUAAGGGAAAUUCUCGAAAAUAUAAAAAUCAGAGAGAAGCGACUCUGGGCAGUGAUGGACGGCAUAAAAUCCGACGCAUACUUUAGCUCGUCUUCUUCAGACAAUAGCGGGAGCGAACGAGAUUCGGAUUACGAGCCUUGCUCGAGACGUCGACGAACUGCCAAGCGAGUAAAACGCACCCGAUUGUUUGCAGACGAAGACGAAGACGUUCUCGUGCAUAAUAUUCGAGCAGACUACCAAAGAGCCUCCCAAUUGCAAGACGAAAAGUUGGCUAUUGCGAGUAAAAUGUCCCAACUUGUUGAGCGACAUGUCAAAAGAAUGGAUGAAGACUUUGAUGCUCUUUAUCCACAACACAAUUUACGCGAUAAUAUCAUUCUGUCUUCGAGUCCAAACGGAAUCACUGAAGCCGUGGCCACAUUACACACAGUUGCAUUGCAGGAUGAGUCGCUCGAUUAUACAAGAGAGUGGAUGAGUACACAGAUAGUAGAAGGGGAACAAUUUUCUCUGCCGAUGCUGCCCAACCCGCGGAAUGUCGUAUCAGAUCGCCAAUUACGAGGAUGUGGGUACUUGUUCCAGAUGAGUGGUCGUCGUAAUGGUGUAAAUGGAAAUAGGCAGAGAAACACAAGAGCAUCAAUUCUGCCGACACCCCCUCCGAGUGCUACAAACGUAUUGACAAAUAUGGAUUCCCGGAGAAUAAGUUUUGGCGAGAUGAUUGCGUGCGACGGAGAACAUUGUCCGUAUGAGUGGUUUCAUCUUGUAUGCCUUGGCUUUACAGAAGUACCGAAAGGUAAAUGGUUCUGCUCGGUCUGCGCGUCUGACUCGGAUGCUGGAACAGGUCAGAUAAAGAGGAAGAGAGGAAGACCUGUUGGAUCAGGUAGGUUAAAUGGUGGAGAUCUUCUGAUGAGAGAGUUAACAACUGUACUGGGAGAAGGCUCGAUUAGAUAUCCGGUAUCGGUAAACGAUGGGCUGAGAGAGAAACAGAAUGGGAAUCACACAACUUCAUUAGAGACAAAAUUAAUUGUAAAACCAGGGGCUAAUGCGUCAAAUAACACAUCAUCUUCAUCUACCGGUGAUGCAGCUACAGUGUGUGUAUGA